CUCCGCUCCGCACUGCCCGGCGCCGCCUCGCCAUGGACGCGCGCGGGGGCGGCGGGCGGCCCGGGGAGAGCCCGGGCGCGACCCCCGCGUCGGGGCCGCCGCCGCCGCCGCCGCCCGCGCCCCCCCAGCAGCAACCGCCGCCGCCGCCGCCGCCCGCGCCCCCCCCGGGCCCCGGGCCUGCGCCCCCCCAGCAGCCGCCCCGGGCCGAGGCGGCGGCGCCCCCGGAGGCGACGGACGAGGGCGGCCCGCGGGCCCGGCUCCGCAGCCGCGACAGCUCGUGCGGCCGCCCGGGCACUCCGGGCGCAGCGAGCACCGCCAAGGGCAGCCCGAACGGCGAGUGCGGGCGCGGCGAGCCGCAGUGCAGCCCCGCGGGGCCUGAGGGCCCGGCGCGGGGGUCCAAGGUGUCGUUUUCGUGCCGCGGGGCCGGCGCGGGGCCGGGGCCGGCGGACGAGGCGGGCAGCGAGGAGGCGGGCCCCGCGGGGGAGCCGCGCGGCAGCCAGGCCAGCUUCAUGCAGCGCCAGUUCGGCGCGCUCCUGCAGCCCGGCGUCAACAAGUUCUCGCUGCGGAUGUUCGGCAGCCAGAAGGCGGUCGAGCGCGAGCAGGAGCGCGUCAAGUCGGCGGGGGCCUGGAUCAUCCACCCGUACAGCGACUUCAGGUUCUACUGGGACUUCACCAUGUUGCUCUUCAUGGUGGGAAACCUCAUCAUCAUACCUGUGGGCAUCACCUUCUUCAAGGACGAGACCACCGCCCCGUGGAUUGUAUUCAAUGUGGUCUCGGACACAUUCUUCCUCAUGGACCUGGUGCUGAACUUCCGCACGGGCAUCGUGAUUGAGGACAACACGGAGAUUAUCCUGGACCCGGAGAAGAUCAAGAAGAAGUACCUGCGCACGUGGUUCGUGGUGGACUUCGUGUCCUCCAUCCCCGUGGACUACAUCUUCCUCAUCGUGGAGAAGGGCAUCGACUCCGAGGUUUACAAGACGGCACGCGCGCUGCGCAUCGUACGCUUCACCAAGAUCCUCAGCCUCCUGCGGCUGCUGCGCCUGUCGCGCCUCAUCCGCUACAUCCACCAGUGGGAGGAGAUCUUCCAUAUGACCUACGACCUGGCGAGCGCGGUGAUGCGCAUCUGCAACCUCAUCAGCAUGAUGCUGCUGCUGUGCCACUGGGACGGCUGCCUGCAGUUCCUGGUGCCCAUGCUGCAGGACUUCCCGCGGAACUGCUGGGUCUCCAUCAAUGGCAUGGUGAACCACUCGUGGAGCGAGCUCUACUCCUUCGCGCUCUUCAAGGCCAUGAGCCACAUGCUGUGCAUCGGCUACGGGCGGCAGGCCCCCGAGAGCAUGACGGACAUCUGGCUGACGAUGCUGAGCAUGAUCGUGGGCGCCACCUGCUACGCCAUGUUCAUUGGCCACGCCACCGCCCUCAUCCAGUCGCUGGACUCCUCGCGGCGCCAGUACCAGGAGAAGUACAAGCAGGUGGAGCAGUACAUGUCCUUCCACAAGCUGCCCGCUGACUUCCGCCAGAAGAUCCACGACUACUACGAGCACCGGUACCAGGGCAAGAUGUUCGACGAGGACAGCAUCCUGGGCGAGCUCAGCGGGCCCCUGCGGGAGGAGAUCGUCAACUUCAAUUGCCGGAAGCUGGUGGCCUCGAUGCCACUGUUCGCCAAUGCCGACCCCAACUUUGUCACGGCCAUGCUGACCAAACUCAAAUUCGAGGUCUUCCAGCCGGGUGACUACAUCAUCCGCGAAGGCACCAUCGGCAAGAAGAUGUACUUCAUCCAGCACGGCGUGGUCAGCGUGCUCACCAAGGGCAACAAGGAGAUGAAGCUGUCCGACGGCUCCUAUUUCGGGGAGAUCUGCCUGCUGACGCGGGGCCGCCGCACGGCCAGCGUGCGCGCCGACACCUACUGCCGCCUCUACUCGCUGAGCGUGGACCACUUCAACGAGGUGCUGGAGGAGUACCCCAUGAUGCGGCGGGCCUUCGAGACUGUCGCCAUCGACCGCCUGGACCGCAUCGGCAAGAAGAACUCCAUCCUGCUGCACAAGGUGCAACACGAUCUCAACUCGGGCGUGUUCAACAACCAAGAGAACGCCAUCAUCCAGGAGAUCGUCAAGUACGACCGCGAGAUGGUGCAGCAGGCAGAGCUGGGCCAGCGCGUGGGCCUCCUCCCGCCGCCGCCGCCGCCGAAGGUCACCUCGGCCAUCGCCACGCUGCAGCAGGCCGUGGCCAUGAGCUUCUGCCCGCAGGUGGCGCGCCCGCUCGUGGGGCCGCUGGCGCUCGGCUCGCCGCGCCUCGUGCGCCGCCCGCCCCCGGGCCCCGCGCCCGCGCCCUCUGCGGCCGCCUCUCCGGGGCCCGCGCCCGCCGCCAGCCCCCCGGGCGCGCCCGCCAGCCCCCGGGCGCCUCGGACCUCGCCCUACGGCGGCACGCCCGGCUCCCCCGCCGCGCCCCGCGCUGGACCCGCGCUGCCUGCGCGCCGCCUGAGCCGCGCCUCGCGCCCGCUGUCGGCCUCGCAGCCGUCGCUGCCCCACGGCGCGCCCGGCCCGGGCCCCGGGGCCUCGGCGCGGCCGGCCAGCAGCUCCACGCCGCGCUUGGGGCCAGCGCCCGCUGCCCGAGCCGCCGCGCCCAGCCCGGACCGCAGGGACUCGGCCUCGCCCGGUGCCGCCGCCGGCGGCCUCGACCCGCUGGACUCCGCGCGCUCGCGCCUCUCGUCCAACUUGUGACCUUCGCCGCGCCGCCCCGCGGGCCCCGGGCGGGCCGGGGGCGGGGCCGUCAUCCACACCAAAGCCAUGCCAUCGCGCGCUGCCCCGGCCGCCGGCCGCCCGCCCGCCCCAGAAGCCAUAGAGGAGUCCUAGGUAGUUGUAGUCGGACGGGCGGGCCCGGGGCGGCGCGGCGGCCCCCUCCGAGACCCCGCCGUGCCCGUCAUCGCCCUGCGCCCACCCACAUCGUCCUUGCCCCCAACCCUCCCCGGCGGCGGCCUCGCCUGCCUGCGAGCGUGCGAGGGGGCUCCCUUCACCUCGGUGCCUCAGUUCCCCCAACUGUGAAACUGGGACGGGGACGGCCCCGUGGCCGAAAGGAGAUGGCUGUGGAGUCCUGCCCGCCCCCACCCUUAGGUGGCCCGUCCGAUGAUUCUGUUUUUCAAGUGCAAUAUUUGGCCCGCCGGCUUCCUGCUGCCCCCAUCGCGCUCACGCAAUAACCGGCCUGGCCCCCCCCACACCCGCCCUGUCUGCGCAAGCGUCCGCGGUGACCUACCCGAGCGGGCACACCCCGCCCCCUCCAGCGCCCAGGGGCGGGCAGUCCUGGCUGCGCCCGGGCACAGGCACGGGGUGGGGGGGAGGGAGGGGUAAGGCCUGAGGCCGGGCCGCCCUGGAGAUGAAUGUACUCACGGCCGAGGCAGCAGCGCCCCCACCGCGCUCCACACCCCUAACCCCCACACCCCCAUUCCGCGCAAUAAACGACAGCAUUGGCGUUCA